AUGGCGUCGCGCACACGGCUGGCAGCCACUACGGCUUCCGGACUACUGCGAAGCUCAAGACCACUCGCAACCUCAAGGAUAUCGCCGCUCGCUGCUGCUUUGACAACAUCCUCCGCCCGCAGCUUCUCGCAGCUCAACUCGCAUUCCGCCUCAGACCCGACCAACAUCUUUGCCUUCCAAACCGGCUCUAAGUCGGGUGGCGUUCCUUCGUACUUCUCAACACAGAACCGUCGGCCUGCAAAUACAAUCAUCCGAUUCGUGCCACAGCAAACAGCAUGGAUUGUAGAGCGCAUGGGAAAGUUCAACCGCAUACUGGAGCCUGGUCUUGCCAUCUUGGUACCCUUCAUUGAUAGGAUAGCCUACGUCAAGAGUCUCAAGGAAAACGCCCUCGAAAUUCCCAGCCAGAGUGCCAUCACCGCGGACAAUGUCACACUGGAGCUGGAUGGUGUCCUGUACACCAGGGUCUUUGACGCAUACAAGGCGAGUUACGGUGUAGAAGACGCAGAGUACGCCAUCUCUCAACUGGCACAAACCACGAUGCGCUCCGAGAUCGGUCAACUCUCCCUCGACCACGUCCUCAAAGAACGCGCCAACCUGAACGCCAAUAUCACCGCUGCGAUCAACGAGGCAGCACAAGACUGGGGUGUCACCUGCCUGCGAUACGAGAUCCGCGACAUCCACGCACCCGAACCCGUCGUCGAAGCCAUGCACCGCCAAGUCACCGCCGAACGAUCCAAGCGAGCUGAGAUUCUAGAGUCAGAAGGUCAGAGACAAUCUGCUAUCAACAUCGCUGAGGGAAAGAAGCAGUCGGUCAUUCUGGCCUCCGAGGCCUUGAGGGCUGAGCAGAUCAACAUGGCAAACGGAGAGGCUGAGGCUAUCCUGCUCAAGGCCACUGCGACUGCCAAUGGAAUUGACGCAGUUGCGCGAUCCAUCUCUCAAGGUGGCGGCGCGGCACAGAACGCCAUCUCGCUUUCCGUUGCUGAGAAGUACGUGGAUGCGUUCGGUAACCUGGCUAAGGAAGGCACAAGCAUCGUCGUUCCCGGCAACGUCGGCGAUAUGAGCGGCAUGAUUGCAAGUGCCAUGGCAGUAUACGGCAACGUCAACGCUUCCCAAGCAAAGGCGCAAGCAUCAAAGAUGGUCGAGGGCGGAAGCAGCAAGAAGGUUCAAGAGCUCCAAAGUAAGCUGAACGAUGCUGAAAGCGGAUCCAACCAGAUGCACAACGAGAUCAACAGGGUCAUGGACGAGAGGCUGAGCAAGAGGUAG